CGGACUCUCUCUCUCUCUCUCUGUCGAUCGAUCGAUCGAUCUAGAACAGUGCAGCUUCCGGCGACGCAUGGCGUCUCCAACCCUUCUACAUAGUCUCCUCUACAUCCCACCUCGCUCUUCGAAGUGCCCGAGAGCUCAGUUCCUUCCCUCCAAGUCCAUUUCUAGACCAAGCAAUCGCGCUUCGUUCUCACACACCGGUGUGCCCGGUUCCAUCAGGAGAUUCGUGCGUCGCCGUCCGUCGCCCGUCGUCGCUUCCCAGUCGAACUUCUUAAAGGUUGCUCAAACGGUUUGGAAAGUGGGGAGAGAUGCUAUUGAAGCAGGGACGAAUCUGGUGCCCGAUGCCGUUCCGAGGCCUGUAGCGAGGAUUUCUGUUACUUUUGUUGGGUUGUCCGUCGCGCUUUUUGUGCUGAAGUCAUUCUUAUCCACUGCCUUCUUCGUUCUGGCCACCAUGGGACUUAUAUAUUUCACCUUCCUCGCAUUAAACAAAGACAGUGGACCGAAAGGGGGAGGAGACGGACCGAAAGGGGGUGGAGGUGCCCCUCCGCUGGAAGAUCCGGUGGAAGAAGCCAGAAAAAUAAUGGAAAAAUACAAGUGACUUCAGCAGAAUCACAGGUCGGAAAGAACCAAG